UUGUCAUUCGAUAAUUGUGUGUGUAUCAGUGAGACUUGUCAAAGAAUUUUCACACGUUUCGAGACUGGAAAAAAGUACAGAAAAUUUCAUUCCAAUCUUAAAAAGCGACAAUUAAUAGUUAAGCAAGUGACCAGUGAUCUAGAACAAGGUAAAAUGCCCGAGGCAGGAAAGAAAAUAGCAGAGUUGCGCGUGUGCGAUCUAAAGAGUGAGCUGGAGAAACGCGAGUUGGAGACAGUCGGCCCCAAGGCGGUGCUCAUCGAACGCCUUGAAAAAUCACUCAGAGCUGAAGGGCUCGACCCGGCCACCCACUUGAUUGUGCCGGGCGCGAAGGCCAAGAAGCCGUUUGCCAUGCCCAUGAAAGAUCUCCAGUCGGAGGUGGUGAUCAAGGAAGAGCCCAUCGAUGCCAAUGAGGAGGAGGUGAAGGUGGAACAGCAAGAUGAUUACCAGAAUGGCAACGACUACUCGCAUCAUGCCGACGACGAUGGGCAUGAGAUUGACCAGGUGGGAGAUGUGGACGAUGAGUGUGUGAUCCUGGAUGACGACGAUGAAGAGGAUGAGGAUCAUGUGUACGACGAUGAGCCCCAGAGCGGUGAUGGCGAUGCCGAGGGGAAAGCUCAGGACGAUGGAGCCGAGAACAAUGGCGACGACAAGGCUAUUAUCCAUGGUGAGGAGGAAAACACCGGGGACACCGGAAAUAUGGACAAUGACGAGUCAAUCAAUUUGACAAUUGGGGAGGACGAGCAGAAGCUGCUGCACGAUGAGGCUUCCGACGACAAAUCUAUUAAGUCUGUCAAACCGGCCAAUAAAUCCGAAAAGUCUAACUCGAAGGAUGCCGACAAGAAGAAUGACGACGGAGCUCGCUCCAAGAAAAGGGAUGAGAAAUCCGGUGAUAAGAAGGACUCUAGUGAACAAAAGUCCUCAGGAAAGUCGUCGAAUCAAAAGGACGAUAAAGGUAAAUUAAGUUAAAGUUUUAGCAUGAAUAAGAAUGGUGUGUUCGGAUGGUCUUGCGUUGGGAAUGAUCAGACCAAGCAUGAACCCAGUUAAGGUCGAAAAAAUUGACUAAACCAUUGAGGAACAUGUAUCAAAGACCGUGCAAGAGAGUGUGAAUUUGGUUGGGACACGGACAUGGGACUCUUAUCAACAAGGAUGCGAGAAUUCGGCUCAGGAGCAGCGAUGCAUCUUAAAUUCAGCAAUUCGAGUUAAUCUUAGUGUUUGUUCCAGUUAACUUCGACGGAAACUUCAUACUAAUCAAACACACAUCCCAAUGUUCUCCAAGGAGUUUAUAACAUUGGUCAUCAAUAGGCGUAUGUGCAAAUACUCCGUUGAGGGGCCUAUAAUAUAAAAUGAGGCUAUCUGGAGAAUAAAUGGAUGGCACCUUUCCCUUACUGCAGCUGGGAAGUGCGGAUAUUUUUAAUUCUUCUCGGCAGAUAACUACUGGAUUUGUAUUACAUCACUUAUUUCGAUCCUGGCUAGGAUAUGCUGGCCUUACCUGUGGAUGACGAUGGAAACUGACAGCUAUUUAAACAGUCAGCUCUGGAUAUGCUGCUCUAUACUCUGAACGCCUUCAGCAAAAAGCGAGCCUGCUGCCGCAAUGGAUUUUCAUCAGCAACCCAAUCAAAUUCAUACUCUCUUAGCUUCGUUAGGUGAAGUUUGUCGGUAAUCUUACGAUUGUGCUCUAAACUCCAACAUCUGCAGCAGCUACAAAAUGUGUGCGUUCACAAAAUGCUUCCCUUAAAAACGUAUCAUAAACAAAAACAGUUAACCAGUUAAGCCCACUCAAAGCUCUGACCAUAUCUCUCUUCCAAUAUUAUUAUUUACAUGGAACUUGCAGAGAAAUCGACAGCAGCACCUGGUGGUGCCACAUCCUCCACUGCAUCGAGUGCCGCUGGCAGUAAAUCGGGAUCCGGUUCCAGUGCUGGCAAUGGUACUGGGGCCAACUCAAACAACAAGCAGGCGACGCUGUCGCGAAAUCUAUGGGUUUCUGGGCUGUCCACUUUAACCCGUGCCAGCGACCUUAAGGCAAUCUUCUCCAAGUUUGGCAAGGUGAUUGGGGCCAAGGUGGUCACCAAUACGCGUACUCCGGGCACUCGCUGCUACGGAUACGUGACCAUGUCCUCCUCGGCAGACGCCUCGCGUUGCAUCGAAAAUCUGCACCGCACCGAAUUGCAUGGACGCAUCAUUUCGGUGGAGCGUACCAAGAACGAGAUUGGCGGCAGCUUGAAUUCCAAAGAGGGCAAGGGCAAGGCUCCGGGCGACGCCGGAAACAAGAAGAAGGAAGACGACAGUGGCAAAAAGUCUGGUAGUGGCAAGGGCUCCAGCUCCAACAGUGGCGAUGACAAGAAGGGCGGCGAUGGAAACGGCGACAGCAAGUCUGUUGGUGGCGAUUUAAAGCGUGAUGGCAAGGAGAGCAACAGGGCCCGCAGCCGUCGCAACGAUGACCGGGGCAAGUCGUUGGCAAGCCAGGAUAGACCGCGCCACGAUCGCGAGCGAUCCGCAAAGGGUAGUCAGGAUCAUCGUUCGGGGCGCAAUCCACGCGACGUCGACCGUGAGAUUCAGCAGCGCCAGAGGGAGCGCGAGCGUCGUCAACGAGAGAUGCUGUCCUACCAGAAGAUACGUGAGGAGCGCGAGCGCCAGCGCCUUCGGGAAAGGGAGCGUGAGCUGCGUGAGGAGGAGCGUCGCCGUCGGGAGGCCCGUGAGCGCCAGCGAAUCGAAGAGGAACGUCUGCAGGAAGAACGGCGCAAGCUCGCUGUGGAGCGGGAACGGCUCGAGCGGGAGAAGGCCGAGCUUUUGCGGAUGGAGCGCGAGCGCCAGAAGCUGGAGAGAGAAAAAAUCGAGCUGGAACGCCUCGAGCUGAAGCGACAACAGAUGAAGUAUGCUAAAAAAAAAACCAAAACAGACCGUAAUGCGUUGCACUCGUGCCAACGCAGAGGCGACAACACAGAUAUACCAAUAUAUUUAUUUUAUACUCUCUCGGAAAGCAUUUGUCCUUGUGAUUAGCGUGUUAAGUUGCAGCCUCCACGUUGUUUCUUCAACUCAAAUUGCUUUUAAGCGGAACGUUGAUAGGCAAAUGCAUCCUAGUCUAAAGUCUGAGUCUGAUACCCCCACUUCACUCCAGAACUGACAUUACUAGCAUUACUAACUCAACUCUUUUAUUUCUUCCAUCUCUCUUCCUCUCAAUCUUGUCGAUUUACACAAACAGGAUCAUGGAGUCCCGCGAUGAUCCUGGCAAGCGCGGGGUAAGCAAACGUGCCGACGACCGCUAUGGAGACGUUACUGAUCGUAAGCGCACAGCUAUUUUUGAUGCGCCACCACCACCGAGAUUCGACACGAAUCUAGUCAGCUCCCGCAGCACCUAUGACAAAAAACACGAUGACUACGGAUCCUCGUCGAGCACCAAGCGCGUGCUUGAUGACUAUUCUAGUUCCAGCAAGCGAUUGGAUUACUCCAGCAAGCGUAACGACUACAGCAGUUCUUCUGGAUCCAAGCGUGGCGCUGUCGAUGAUUAUACUGCCGUGCCCACGAAGCGCUCCAACGAUUAUAGUGCCUCCUCUUCUAGCAAGCGCGACGACUAUAAGCGCGAUGAAGUCCGUCAUUUGCCACUUUCAGGAACUGUCGGCGGUGGCUCAAGCAGCUCGUAUUUGCACAAGAACAACACAGCCGGUGGCGGAGCCGGAUCCUACGUCCACAAGAACAACACCAGCGGCACUGGCGGGCGCUACAACGAUUCCGAUCGCAGCAACACAUCGAGCUAUAGACGCGACGACUCCCACAGCCUCGGUAACAAGCGUUAUGACAACUCCAGCGGCGGCGGUGGAGCCUACGGCAGCAGUUCGAACAGCGUUAACAUCUGGGCGCCAUCAUCCGGCGGAAGCAGCUCUCACCUGGGCAGCGGUGGCGGCGGCGGCAACCAAAUUAAGUCAUACGGCAACAACGGCAUGUCCUCGAAUAUGCACAGCACCAAUUCGUGGCAAAAGUCUGCUCCCGUUGACGACAACGGUUGGCGGCAAGUGCCCGCGCGCUUCGAUCGCGGCUACAACGAACGUUCAACCGGCUAUCAAGGGCAGAGUGGGGGCGGAGGAGCAGGCGGAAUGUACGGCGCGAGCCGACCCGCCCAGGAUCGCUACAGCGGACCGGUGUCGCGCUACUAGGAAAUGUGCAUUUACAUAAAAUGAGGCAAUUCGAAUUUCCAAGCAUGCAUCCCCACAUCCAACACACCCCCCUGAGUGACUUUUCCAGCAGCGCCCAGGAGCGCUGCUCUUAAUAUAAUGAGCUUUAGUUGUAGUUCUAAAACUUAAAAUUACAUUUGGAAACCAAUAAAUGUAUUAUCAAACU